CCUCUCUUCUCCUUCCUCAUUGAAAACAAAACCUUGUUUUCAUUACUCUGAUCUACGGCGGCGGCGGUGGCGGUUUUGGAGUUGCAGAGAGAGAGAGAGAGAGGAAGAGAGAGAUGGGUCGUGGAAAGAUUGAGAUAAAGAGGAUAGAGAACCCAACAAAUAGGCAAGUCACUUACUCCAAGAGAAGGAACGGUAUAUUCAAGAAAGCUCAAGAACUCGCUGUUCUCUGUGAUGCCAAAGUCUCACUCAUCAUGUUUUCUAACACUGGAAAGUUUCAUGAGUACAUUAGUCCCUCUAUCACGACAAAAAAGAUUUAUGAUGAGUACCAGAAGGCUCUUGGGAUCGAUCUAUGGAGCACGCACUACGAGAGGAUGCAAGAACAUUUGAAAAAACUGAAGGAGAUCAACAAUAAACUAAGGAGAGAGAUCGGGCACAGAAUCGGAGAGGAAUUGAAUGAUCUGAGCAUUGAGGAACUGGGCGGUCUUGAGCAAAAAAUGGAUGCUUCUUUGACGAUUGUACGCGAACGAAAGUACCAUGUGUUGAAAACUCAGACAGAGACUUACAGGAAGAAGGUAAGGAACCUGGAAGAAAGGCAUGGAAACCUCCUAUUGGACUAUGAGGCCAAAUGUGAAGAUCCACAGUAUGGGUUAGUGGACAACGACGGAGACUAUGACUCCGCAGCUGCUUUGUCAAAUGGGGUCUCAAACCUAUAUGCAUUCCGGCUGCAACCAAGCCACCCUAACCUUCACCAUGGUGGUGGUGGAGGAGUACCAGGAGGAUUUGGGUCUCACGAUCUGCGUCUUGCUUGAGUGUAGCUGCUGGUCAUGGUGAAUUUAAUUGAAAUUGAAGUGAAGUAAUAGACUCCCUCUAUUGUGUGUAUACAUCUCUACUAGUUUUAUUCUUAUAAGUGUUACAACCUAAACACCAGAACAGCUUUUGGUGAUUUGUGUGAGGAUGUGUCUCUUGUGAUGGUAUGUAACAUAACAUGUUGCUUAUAUAUAUCUUCAUAGAAAAGUGAUUUUGAUGUUA